CGAGCUCACUUAAACAAUUACAAAGCGAACAAUUAGACAAAGAAAAACUUGGACAUUGGUUCGAUUAAAAAGAAAAUGGAAUCGAAAAGUUAUACGUGUGAUACUAAAAAAGAGGAAAAAGAAUGUGUCAAACCUGACACAUUAUUUUUGUAUUUUUCUGUUAUAACAGUCCAAUUACUAACUGUGGUUUCUGGAUCAUCGAUGGCUUGGACAUCCCCGGUUUUGGGAAAACUCUAUUCAAACGACACCGACGUAAAUCCAUUGGGUAGACCCAUAACAACAAUAGAAGUGUCGAUGUUAGCUGGAGUACCAUUGUUUACAAAUACCAUUGGGAUGCUUGUAAUGCCCAAAGUUUCAGAUAUAAUCGGUAGGAAACGACACCUAUUUAUUUCAGGAGUUGUAAUGCUAUUGGCAGGUAUAGCUUUAGGAUUUAGUAGUGGAAGUGUUAUUUUGAUGAUUAUAACAAGGUGUAUUUUUGGAACCACAGGGUGCCUGGUGGUUUUAACCAUAUAUCUCGUCGAGAUUUGUGAGGAUCAUAACAGAGGGAAAUUCGGUUGUUACACUGGAAUUUUCAAUCAAAUAGGUCAUUUAUUUGGUUUCGUUAUUGGUCCAUUUUUCAGUGUGAAAGAUUUCAGUUUGAUUAUAAUUUCACCUGUGUUAAUCUUUGUUAUUUUUGCCAUGAUAUUGCCAGAACCACCUGUUUAUUUAUUAAAAAAGGGAAAGGAAGAAGAAUGCAAAAAUGCUUUAAGGAAAUUAAGAAGUAACAAAACCGAGGAAGAAAUCGAAACAGAUAUGAAUAAAUUAAAGGAAAGCCUUAAAAAGGAACAAAAAGGGAAAAUUGCAGAUUUGUUCAAAAAUAAAGACAAUUUAGUGGCGCUAAUUUUAAGUUUUUUACCUAUGCUAGUGAAAUAUUUUUCAGGCGUUACGGUUAUAUUCACCUUUUUAGCACCGUUUUUCGAUCAAGCAGGUACCAGCUUAUCAGGAGACACCGUAGCAAUUGGAAUAGCAAUUUUUAAAAUAUCAUUUUUCACAUUCACUUCUUUUAUAGUAGAGAGAUUCGGUCGAAGAAAAAUGCUCCUCAUAUCGUCCACUAGUACUGGUAUACCUUUAUUCCUAAUAGGUCUUUACUUCUAUUUACAACAGAUAAAUUCAACGUUUUUAGUAAAUCUCCAAUGGCUUCCUUUAACAAGCCUUCUGUUUACAGUCGCAUUAUUUGGACUCGGUUUAGGCCCAAUUCCCAUGCCUCUGAUAUCGGAAUUGCCACGAGCGGAACUCAGAGCAGUUUCUUGUUCAGUUGUACACGCGGCUAGUAAUAUAGUUAUUUUUGGAAUAACAUCAUUGUACCCUAUCAUAUCCGAGUCAUUGGGCUACCAUUGGUGCGUAUGGUGGUUCAGUUUGAAUUGCUUUCUUGGAUCCAUUUUAAUUUAUUUCUUUUUGCCGGAGACGAAGGGAAAAACUUUUGACGAAAUCCAAGCGAUAUUGAAAGGCUAAAGAUUAUUUUGAAGAAUUAAUUGGUUUUAAUAAUUAGGUAUACCUAAUUAUCCUGAUCCGUCAAAUUCAAGAUAAAUAAACUUAUAGAGCGUUUCGUUUCGUCUCUCGUCUCUUAAUUCUUUAUCAACACGUCCUGGCAUUUUAGAGAAAUUAAAAUCGUUAUCAUUUUUUAUAGGUCUAAAAUAUUUUUUCAACAAUGUUAUACAUACAGGGUGGAAACGACAAAUGGAAUAAAUUGAUUAUUUCGGUUACUGUACAUAUUUUUUUAAAAAAUCUCGAUAAAAAUCAAAUUUUAAUUAUUAUUUGGAUAGAGAUACAUGUUAGAUAUACAUUUUUGGAUAGAGGCCUUUCAAACGAUAUAUCACAAGCCUAUAGGUACUUCCCAUUUACAAAAAAUAGGGGUUGUAACUGUCCUUCGAAGGGGGUUGAAGAUACGACUCACAUUUUGACGUUGAGGAAUGUCAAAUUAUAAUUAAAAAUUGACGUGUUUCUGAAUUUUCUUUAAAUAUGUACAGUAACCGAAAUAAUGAGUUUAUUUCAUUUGGCG